UAUUCAGUUUUCAGAUGAUGUAUAAAUCUCAAUUUCGAAAAAUUUACCCUUAUGACUGGUUUUGUGAUCCAGGGACACAUUUGUGCAUGACACCGUGCACCUUCCAUUCAUAUAUCAACAUGUGGAAAAAGCUGUUUGUGACAAAUUAUGGUUCUUAUGGUAUAGGUUUUCUUUACUAUGUUGUUAAAGUGGUUGUCGGAAAUGUAGAAAACAGAUUUUAGUAUUUUGGUAUUACCUGGGCUAUAUUUUAUUACUGUAAGUGUAAUUUUUAAAAGUGUAAUAUUACUGUAAAGGUCUGGCAACCAUAGCUGUGUGUGUGUUUUCACAGUGUAGGUUGUGGUUAUGACAGGAUCAUUUUUCAUUAUUUAUCAUGAGGAUGAGAGUGUACAGAGGCUGGAUGGGACCUGUGCAAUAACACCUUAAUGUUGAGUCCUUCUGUUAUUUGAUCAUUAUCACCAGAAACCCUCUGUUUUGCUGCAUAUCUCAGAUUCCAGCUCUUCUCGAUCACACCUGUUUAACAAACCACUCACUAGUUUUCUCCGCCUUAAAGUGUUCUGAUCCUUCUGCCUUCCUGCCGCCACAUGUGCAACUUAAUAUGCAACUAAAAAAAUGCAACAAAAAAGUACAAAUAUUGUUGUCUCAUAUAGCCCCCUUCCUUAAUUAACAAACUAAAAUUUUUCUUUUGAAUCUUUAAAUCAAAACAGAAGUUCAGAAGAUUUGGUUUAAGAGGUAUUUUGUGCUCUGGAGUCCAAAAUUACAGCUCCAGCUGUUUCUGUGAGAGUAAAGGUUUAAUUUUGUGUGGCGUCUCUAAACACAGGGGUGCUUAUGUUAUCAUCACCUGAACACACACAUCUAAGCCAUUUUUCAAACCAGACAGCGGAGAUGUUGAAAUUAUGUAGCGCUGAAGCAAUGACUUCUCGACCCUGUACUAAAAACAUGCCUGAGGGAUCAGAUUUACAACGUCAUAUACAUAAUAGAUCCCUUAAUGGUGUGAUUUAUGCCAUAAGAUCAGUCAAAUGAAAUGUAGUUGUAUCUGUUCUGACUAGUUUUCAUAAUACCUUACUGGUAAAGUCUAUUUAGGUCACUGAGACUGUAAAAGAAAAAUGCUAGUCAUUAGGAAACAUAUUCAUAAUGCAUAAGUGUACAUGUUACAAGUUUUUGACCUCUAGUUUCAAAUAAGUUUUUUAUUAUUAUUUGGUCCACAAAGUAGGUGACAUGUUAUUUUAAGUAAUUUUAAGAUCUGUAAGUCUGUAAAAAUGAAUGUGGGUACAAGUAGGAGGGGAAGCUUUUUGAUCUUCACAACCAAUGAAAAGUAAGGAUGCAAUUGCUGGUAUUUAGUCCAGUAUUUAAAUGCUUUGCCAUUUGAAAUUCUCCUAUCUGAAGAGAGACCAAAGAUGAGACAGAAGGUGAUGUCUGUGCUGUGCCUUUAUGGUGCUUUGCACUGCUUGGUUAUUCUGCCAGUGUCGCAGGCAACAUCCUUAGCAAAAGUCUCCAAAGACAAAGCAUCUAAUCCAGCUGUCAGCAUUGACUCUGAACAUGCCCAUGAUUUUCUGGCCCAUGCACGUCCAAGAAGAACAGCUGUCCCCAACUGGUAUCGCAAUAAUCCAGACUUUCAGUCCUACUAUCGUUAUUACAACAGUAUUGGGCACACUGAAGGGCUCUAUGAGAUAGACAGAAUUCGAAUGCUUUACCAGCAGAUGCGACAUCUGGAGCUCACGUAUGGCCCUGAAGCAUCCAAAUACCAGAAUACUCUCGGCCUCCAACUUAAGUCGACGCCUCCACCCACAACCCAGCCUCCACCCCCUACUUUACCACCUGCCUCUGAGAUGGAUGUUAUAUACCUGUGUAAUUCAAAAGACCCCCAAUGCAAGCCACAUAUUGUGUACCUUCCCGCUGAUGGUGUACCUGUACUUUGCGAUCCACGUUACCACCCAAACUGCAAACUCAGCCCUGUCCAGAAGUCACUCUCUCCACCUGUAACUGCAUCAGAGCCAGUGACGUCUGCCCCUCCUCCACCACAAAAAUCCACGCCUCCACCACCCCCUCCUCCAUUGAUUAUGAAAGGAAUGGAGUAUGACUGCGAUCCUUAUUGGGACCCUGACUGCCUAAUCGACAAUCCUCCCAGGCCAGUUAAAAUGAUCGAACCACCACCAGUGCUGCCAGCUGAGAAGGUGAAAAAGGAAACGGGGAACAAAGUAAUCCUAAAUGCUCCAGUUCCAACCUAUGACCCAUAUGACUUCAAUCAAGAUCUGUAUGAUCCUUUCCGCCAUGCAGCUCCAGCUCCCUGAUUUCAAAUGAAAUCAAAUCAGUGGGAAAAAAAAACCAUCUUAAUAAUUUACUCCUACGUUCAUGUUUUCUUAUCAAAAUGAUGUAUAAUUAUAUAAGAUAAAAUACACAUUACAUAUUAAAUAUAUUAAA